AUGGCCAGCUUCAUCCUCACCCUGUCGGGCCCCGACCGCCCCGGUAUUGUCCAUGCCGUCACUGCCUUCCUCGUUCAGAAUGACCUCAACAUCAUCGACUCGUCGCAAUAUGGUGAUGCCACCUCCAAGCGCUUUUUCAUGCGCACCCACUUUGCGCAAGCCAAUGGAGAUGUUGAGACUCCCGACCUCGAGAAGUUGCACGCCGCAUUCAAGCCCACCGCCGAGAGCUUCGACCUCGACUUCGAGAUCAACACUAGCGUGAAGAAGCCCCGCGUGUUGAUCAUGGUCUCCAAGAUCGGCCACUGCCUUAACGACCUUCUGUUCCGCCAAUCGACCGGCCAGCUCAGCAUUGAGAUCCCCUUGAUUGUGUCCAACCACCCCGAUUUCGCCACCCUUGCGGCUACCUACAACAUCCCCUUCCACCACCUUCCCGUCACCGCAGCCACCAAGGCGGAGCAGGAGGCCCAGAUUCUGGAGUUGGUCCGCGAACACAACAUCGACCUGAUCGUUCUGGCUCGUUAUAUGCAGGUUCUGUCGCCGACUCUGUGCUCCGCCAUGUCCGGUCGCAUCAUCAACAUCCACCACAGCUUCUUGCCCUCUUUCAAGGGCGCUAAGCCCUACCACCAGGCCUACGACCGUGGUGUUAAGAUUAUCGGUGCCACUGCCCACUUCGUCACCAGCGACCUUGAUGAGGGCCCCAUCAUUGAGCAGAAUGUCGUUCGUGUCAACCACGGUAUGAGCCCCAAGGAGCUUACCCACGCUGGAAGCAACGUGGAGAGCAAUGUGCUUGCUGCUGCCGUUAAGUACGUGACCGAGCGCCGUGUCAUUCUGAACGGCCACAAGACCGUUGUUUUCAACUAA